AGUCAGUUCGCAAUCACCCAUUGGGCAGUUCACAUUCUCCUCCGUCAUUCUCUUACUAUACUCGGAAUGCAAUGAAUUUUCUUCACCAUUUUCAUUUCAAAUUCUCUUUUUUCCGAAGAUUGAUCAUGGGUCUUACAAAAAAAAACAAAGUCUCUUUGUACCAUGGCUCCCAGUAAAUUACAAUGGUGUUCGGCGAACUCUUCAAUCCAAAAGCAUGGGCAACAAAGAAAUGGGUUCGUUCCCUUUGAUUGGUUGGGUGGUGCGGUGGCUGUUGAAGGUUAUAGCGUCGCAUUGAUUGAGUGUCUUUGGACAUGGAGACAUCGGCGUCGCCACCCAGGGGGUCCUUUGAACGGGUGCCCCAGCGGAAUGAGAGAGAGAAGGAUGGCAAUUCUGCUUACAAAAAGAUUUCGGACAUAAGACACGGCAUUGGUGAGGGCGUGGAUCGCCUAUUGGACGAAUCCCAUCGUUUCAAAUCAGCGGUGCGGCUCGCCUUUGAGCGCUUCCAGCUACCUUACCCUGUUGAGAAGCUGCCCAUCGACCAACUACUUCCUGCCUUGCAGCAUUUUGUCCAGAGUAUUUCUGAUAACUUGGAUACGAAAGCUGUAAAGCUUGUAUUACGUCCCAUCACCCAGGACGACAUACGGGGUGCAGUGGAAUGCAAUCCUUCUCUCUCACUUGACUCACUUAUCACAUACCAAUAUUUUGAAAGAAUUGCAAGAGAAGUGCUAAAACGGGUGGCUCUUGAUAGAGGCAAACGCCUCGGUCUGUUCAUGAUUGGAGGCAUUUUUGCAGUCCACAUGACGAAAGGUGCCAUUAAAAAGAUUCCGAUCCUUGGUGGCCCAAUUGGAGCAAUUGCCAGUGUGCUGGUACCCACUACCGUGUUGGGACCUGCUGUCGGCGUUGCAGGUGCAUUGUAUUUGUAGCAACAGCUUUUACACCGUCCCUGUUUUUGCACUUCUCUUGAUACGGAGCUUUCCAUUUUGGUCUUCCUAUUCUCGCGUUUUGUUCUCCUUGUGCUUUGGCCUUCUCGAGCAUUCAUGGUGCCACUCAAGCAUGUAUUGCGGUGCCUUCUUUAAAUUAAGUGCUGGUGGCGUGAACGGGGUUUAGAGAGUUACUGGGCGUGGGCGUGCGCGCUUUCACUUUGCACGAGGACUACCACAACUCUGUGUAUUGUGAGCGAUUGCGCAUGCGCAGUAGGGAUUACAUUUCGAAGAUGGAAAGUGUGUCAGUUUUCUGGUACAGCUGAAGCUUUCGACCAACAAUUGGGUAGAGCAGAGCUGUAGAAUCUGUCAAUCCUGUCUCUCGAGAUUGGAGGUGGAACUGUGUUUGUUCAGGACUAAAGACCCUGCGAACUCUUUCCAAGCAUCAGUUUGUGCACUGUGAGUUGUAACAUUAACCCACAAUCAACUGUGUGAUAUUUUAGCAUCUCCCAUGAAA